ACAGUGAAAUUAACUCCUUUUAGUAAUUCUGGAAGUUUCAUUAUUUUGGGAAAGAAUUCGUACUUGAGGUGUUUCUUCUCUCUUCUCUAUUAUAUCUUCGUUUCCUUUAGGUUUCUUUCCGUAUGAAGUUGAGAGAUAAUUGUUAAAAAUGGCGAGUACUGUAGGGGAAGAGUGAAUGGAAUGGAUGGAAUGCACAGCUGCUAUCUAUCUAUGGAACAUAGAAAUUUGUCCAUCUCAUCUGGUGAGAAAUAGAAAUUUUCUGGUGGUUUGUAAUGAGCAAAGUCCUGGUUAUGGUGUGGAAUCCACUGAUUUGGAGGAGAAAUUUGCAUUGAAGGAGGAAGAUGGUGCUGCUCUUACUGGUUUUACUAAGGAUGUUCAGUAAGAAUCAUGUUUCAUUCUCUGUUUCUUGACAUUACAUGUAUUUCUGAGUAAAUUUGUUUUGAUAUACCAGGACUCUAUGCAUCUGAAAUUUUGUUUAUGGAACUGGUAGUUUUAUUCUGUACCUUUUUAUAGGCCUUGAUUGCAAGUUCUCUAUCAGAAGAUGACUAUAAGACUGUGAAGGAAACUAUAAAAUUUGUGUUAAAUGUCAGUUUUUCAGGGACGCCUUUCCAUUAUGGUUUCUGUUUGUCACAAAAACUCUUGGAUUUUGAUUUGUGUUUGCUGGUUUCUAACGCUGUUUGUUAACUUGACAUGCUGGUUUUCCCAGAUAGAGGGGUGUUUCAUUGGCUUCAAUUUUGGGCAUAUCCAUCAGUCUCUUAGCCACCUUAUUCACAAACAAUGUUGAUGUUUUUGGAAUUAUUAGAACUGGGGUACUAGUAAGUAUACAAAGUAAUCCAGCAAUUUUUGUUUUUUCCUUGGUUUCAUGUAUUCAGGGGCUCUUAGAUGUUUAAAAUUGUUUAUUCCAAAAUUGCUAACAGUUUGUCAGCGCAAGUCAACCUGUAAUGCAUUAGCUUUUAUUUUUGUUGGUCUCCACUAUGGCGUUUCAGACUCUUUCCAUAAGCAGCUUCUCCUAUGGUAAGCAGCAACCUUAAAAAAUAAAUCUUUUUUUUUCAU